AUGAUAUUUUUUUUAAUAGCAUUUUUUAAUUGCUUUACCUUUUCUUUUAAUGAUGGUGGAAAUGAAUUAAUUUCUUAUACACUUGAUAAAAUAGAAAUUAUUAAAGAUGAACCAAAACUAAUAAAUUUCAAAUUAAAGAAAAAUAUUUCAUAUUAUCUUAAUGUAGCAUUAAAUUAUACAGAUUCUAUUCUUAAAGUUGAACCAAAUGCUUUUAUCUUUACAUCAAAUGUUAGUGAAAUUAAUGUAACUGUUACUGGUUAUGAAGUCCAAAGUUUAACAUUUAUUGAUUUAGGAAUGUGUAAAUUCGAUCCAUCAAGUUCUCCAUGUAAACCAUUACCAACAGAAUCAUUUUUAAGAGUUAAAAUAAUUCAUUCAGAUAUUAUAAGUUAUCUUGUUGUAAUAACUGGAUGGAUAUACUUUAUAGCUUGGUCAAUAUCAUUUUAUCCUCAAAUAUAUUUAAAUUUUAAAAGAAAAUCAGUUGUAGGAUUAAAUUUUGAUUUUCUUUUACUUAAUGUUAUCGGUUUUACAUGUUAUUCAAUUUAUAAUAUUCUUAUGUAUUAUGAUCCAUAUGUGCAAGAUCUUUAUCAUCAAAUUCACAAACGUUCAUUAAUACCAGUUCUUUUGAAUGAUGUAAUAUUUGCUAUUCAUGCAUUAUUUGCAUGUAUUGUUACAGUUAUACAAUGUUUUAUUUAUACUCGUGAAAAUCAACGAGUUUCAUAUACAUGUUAUGGACUUAGUUCUAUUCUUAUAUUAGCCGCUGGAAUCUCAUUUAUUCUUUCAUUAGUUAAUGUUAUCAAUUGGCUUCAAUUUAUUAAUAAUUUAUCAUAUCUUAAAAUGAUUGUAACAUUAUCAAAAUAUUUUCCACAAGCAUUAUUAAAUUAUAAAAGAAAAUCAACUGUUGGAUGGUCAAUUGGUAAUGUUUUAUUAGAUUUUACUGGUGGUUUUAUGGAUAUUGUACAAAUGAUUCUCCAAGGAUCUAAUACAAAUGAUUGGACAGGUUUUUAUGGUAAUCCAGUAAAAUUUGGUUUAGGUUUAGUUUCAAUGCUUUUUGAUAUUAUCUUUAUAAUACAACACUAUUUUCUUUAUAAAAAUGAUAAUGAAAGAGAUAUUGAAUACACGGGAAUUGAUAAUACAACUGAUAAUGCAUCAACGGCUGUUUCAUCUCCAAGUAAUAAUUCAAACCAAAAUGAUGAAAAUUAA